AGCCGCCGUUUCCGCCCGUCGCGGCUGAGUCACCGGCCGCGCCGCCGCCUGCCCGGAGCCGAGCUGCCCCGUCCCGUGCCGUCCCGCCGCCAUGCCGCUGGAGAACCUGGAGGAAGAGGGGCUGCCCAAGAACCCCGACCUCCGCAUCGCCCAGCUCCGCUUCCUCCUCAGCCUGCGGCCCCGAGCGCCCGACCCUGCCGUGCGCGACGAGCUGAUGGCGGCCGUUCGGCUCCACAAUAUGGCCCCGUAUUAUGAAGCUCUCUGCAAGUCUCUGGAAUGGCAGAUAGAUGUGGAUCUGUUGAACAAAAUGAAGAAAGCUAAUGAGGAAGAAUUGAAACGUCUUGACAACGAAUUGGAAGACGCAGAAAAGAUCUUGGGGGAGAGUGAAAUCCGAGAUGCAAUGAUGGCCAAAGCUGAGUACCUGUGCAGGAUUGGGGACAAGGAGGGGGCUCUGACUGCGUUCCGCAAGACUUACGACAAAACUGUGGCACUGGGACAUCGUCUGGAUAUCGUGUUCUAUCUUUUAAGGAUUGGCUUGUUUUAUAUGGAUAAUGACCUUAUCACACGGAACAUUGAAAAGGCAAAAAGUCUAAUAGAAGAAGGAGGAGACUGGGACAGGAGAAACCGUCUCAAAGUGUACCAGGGCCUUUACUGUGUAGCUAUUCGAGAUUUCAAACAAGCAGCAGAGCUCUUCCUUGAUACAGUUUCAACGUUUACAUCCUAUGAACUUAUGGAUUACAAAACAUUUGUAACAUACACUGUCUACGUCAGCAUGAUUGCAUUGGACAGGCCUGACCUUAGAGAAAAGGUUAUUAAAGGAGCAGAGAUUCUGGAAGCGUUGCACAGUUUGCCAGCUGUACGACAGUAUCUCUUUUCUCUUUACGAAUGCCGUUACGCAGCCUUUUUCCAGUCACUAGCUGUUGUAGAGCAAGAGAUGAAAAAAGAUUGGCUGUUUGCACCUCACUAUCGAUACUAUGUACGGGAAAUGAGAAUUCAUGCGUAUAGCCAGCUCCUAGAGUCUUACCGGUCAUUGACGUUAGGAUACAUGGCAGAAGCAUUUGGAGUCAGUGUAGAAUUCAUAGAUCAGGAGCUUUCGAGAUUUAUUGCAGCUGGGCGAUUACACUGCAAAAUAGACAAAGUUAAUGAGAUUGUAGAAACUAACAGGCCUGAUAGCAAGAAUUGGCAGUACCAAGAAACCAUCAAGAAAGGAGAUCUGCUGCUAAACAGAGUUCAGAAACUUUCCAGAGUAAUUAAUAUGUAAUUUUUUUAAUAGAAGGAAUGCAAAAUUUAGAUGUUUAAAACAUUUUAGAAGUAACCUAUAAAUAUAUUGUAUAACUUGGUAUACCGCAGGUAAAAAAAUUACUUGCGAGAGAGGUAGUGUUUUUACUUUCCACUUCUUCAUGUAAACAACAUUCUGUUUUGGUGUAUGGAUCCCAGUUCAUUUAUUAAAUGUAUGAUACAGUUGGUGUUCUCUUGUAAUAUACUUUGUUCCUUUACUUGGCUGUGUAUACAACGUUCAAUAUUGAACAGCAAAGCAGGGUCAAGAUCUGUGGACAGAGAGAACUAUCGGUGAUUCUGUGCUUGCUUUUUUAAGACUUUUGAAUUUGAAUCAAAGGUGAAAAAAAUCAGUUGCUUAACAGUAAAGUAGCCAGAAAUCUCAGCUGACAUUGUUGCACAGUCCAGACAGGACAACCUCUUGGCUUACAAGAGGAUUACAGCUUAAGGGAGAAGGAAUAGGGAUACAAAUGACUGUGGUGAAGCAGUAGUAUAACCACAGAAACCGUAAGGACUGUAACUUCGGGAACAGUUUUAAUGGAAGUAGCUUCUCCCUUGAAAUAACGUUUUUGCUAGCUGUUGAAAGUCAGCACAUUAGUUAGCAUUACAUUUGUAAUUAAUUUCUCUGUUAGAUUUGCAGAUGUCAAAAUGAUGGUAGGAACAGUAGAAGAUACUAUUGCAGUUUGACACAACUGAUCAAAUAUUGUAGGGGGUUACAAUUUCUUUCUUCACAGCUGCUGAGGAAUAAAUGUUUCAAGUAGGCUGCUGCCACACUGGUGACACAUGGUUUCAGGCUGUAGCAGAGCCUGUGGCCCCAGCAGUUCACCGUCGGGUUUUGCUUGGUUUGAGGGUUUUGUUUUUCCUCUUCCCAAAGAAAGUCUGUGACUUAAGUUCUGUUGCCUGUUUGAUGCCACUGCACUUAGCAACCGAAUCCAUUUACUGUCUGUAUUCAUUGUGACUUUAAUGCCUGAAGUGACACCAGCAGGUAGAGACACCCACAGAAUGAUCCUGGCAUUUGGAAGCUACUGUGCAGCAGAUAGGACAGCGUGGAAUUUGACAUGCCUGUUCUUCUUACUGCAAGAUCACAGAGGAUCUCCCGUCUGAAUCGCUGCCACCUGCCCAAGGUUAGACUCCUCAGCCACAGUGUUGAGGGUCUGUUAAUACUCUCUGUUGAACUGUUCUGAAAUCCAAAAUAAUGAGCUAAUGAUUUUUGGUUUUCUUUUACUGCUUACUAAAAGCUGUUUUGGGUUGGGGUUGGGGUUUGCUUUGUGUUCCCCCCACCAACAGCUAUUUAGCUGGGGUUUAAAGAUUUAAAUGUCGGAUGUUUUUUCUUUUAGAAGAAAAUUCUGAUCUUCGCUUUCUUUAGAAUAGUGAGUGUAAUAAGAGAACCCUAGAGUUUGUUCACCCAUGUGGUCAGGUAAUGAAUCUGUAUUUUGUGUGUUCAUGCACAUGUCACUACUUGCAAAGUUUUAAUUUAUUUAGGUCAAUAUUCAGACUUUCAGAGCUGCAGUAAUCUCUCUCUGUUUCUCUAGAUCUGUUCCAUGUCAGAUAAAGUAGAGCUAGCCAGGAAGACUUUUGUUCUGGCUGCCUUUUGGUAAUGUCUUUUGCACCUUCCAUACGUGCAAAUGUCAAGCAUAUCAGAAGACCACAUAUACAUACUACAGGCGGUAUGGCCCAUAGGCUUCACUGAACUGAGGGAUUUCAUGUGUGGUGCACAGAUGAAUUUUCCUUUCCAACAUAUUUGUUCUUAAACUGGUCUUAAUUAACUGUAUCAAAGCUUCAUGAAAUAAACCUUAGGAUUUCCACUCAGCUUAUGUAUUACCAUAUAUAUUUUUAACUGGAAGUUGAAGGGAAUAAAUCAAGAAAACUAGAGGCUAACAUAGGCUUCAUUCACUUGAGAGAAACCUUGCUGCUCUUCAUGUGGAGGUAAAGAGCAACAGGAAAAAAUCCUGGAAAUGUCAACUUUGUGAAGAAAAUAAAAGUAUUACUGAAGA